AUGAAUAAAUUUGAAAAAUUCACCGACAAUUUUUCUAAUUGGUUGAAGGAAAGAGGCAUCCAGAUUAACUCUAAGUUGAAGCUUGAAGAUUUACGUGAACAAAAUCAAGGUAGAGGUCUCGUUGCAGUUGAAGAUAUUAAGGAGGACCAGGUUCUUUUUUCAUUACCCAGGUCAGUAACCAUAUGUGUUGAUAACUGUACAUUAAUCAAGGAUAGACCUGAUUUGAAAGAAAAGUUAAUGAAAUUAAAUCACUGGGAUUCCUUAAUUAUAGUUUUAUUAUACGAAAUUAAGGUUGUUGGCGAAAAAAGCCCUUGGAUUGAUUAUUUCAAUAUUUUACCAAUAAAUGACGAGCAAAAUUAUGUAUUCAACCAACUUAUGUUUUGGUCUCCAGAAGAACUAAAACAUUUAUCUCCUUCGUUGAUUACUGAAAGAAUUGGUCGCGAUUUGGCUGAAGCUAUGUAUAGAAAAUUACACCCAAAAAUUGUCGUACAUGACUUCAAGAUAGAUCAAUUAGGGGAAGUUAGUUUGGAUGAGUACCAUAAGAUUGCUUCUUUGAUCAUGUCUUAUUCUUUUGAUGUUGAAAGACCUGAAUUUGUUGGAAAAUUUGACCAAGGUCAAGAUUCAGAUCUUGAUGAUUACGAAGACGAUGACGAUAACGAUGAUAAUGAUGAUGAUGAUAACACCAAUGAUAAUCCUGAGUCAAAUGGAAAGCCAGCUAGAGUAGUAUCUACCAAUGCAAAUGUAAGUGAUACAGAAGAAAAAGGGCUCUCAAAUAUUACCCUGUCCUCUGACAAAACCGAUGUUGGUACAUUUCCUUCAACUGAUGAUGAGGCUGAAGGUAACAUUUUUAAUGAUGGCUUUUUCAAAUCCAUGGUGCCCUUGGCAGAUAUGUUAAACGCUGAUACUACAAAGCAUAAUGCGUCCUUAUUCUAUACCAAACUGGAAUUGAUAAUGAAAAGUGUGAAACCAAUUAAAAAGGGCCAACAAGUGUAUAAUACUUACUCUGACCAUCCAAAUAGCGAAAUUUUGAGAAGAUACGGUUAUGUUGAAAUUCGUGGUUCCAAGUAUGACUUCGGUGAAAUUCCUUUACCUUUAAUCAAAAAGUUUUUCAUCGAAACUCAAAGUAUGUCACCUAGCUUGGUUGAUGAAGUUUUAUCUAUCAUGAAUCAAAUUGUACAUGAGGAUGAAGAAGAUGAAAUGGUUGAUAUAGUGUUGGACUCCUACGAUUGUUUCAAAACUGGUGAGGUAAUCAUUGAAUUAAUUUUUGUAAUUCAAGUAUUGACGAUUAUUUCCGCUUUGAACUUAUUGAAAUCAAUGGAACACUUAAAAUACGAAUCAAAGUUUGCUUUUGUUAAUAGAAUUUUGAAAAAAUGCUACCAAUUAAUUGAGUCCAAAAAAUUAACAAAGAUCUUUUUGUCCAAUUAUAAAAAGAUUUUGGGUUUAAGAAUUGCUCAAUAUCCUGAAAUUGCUACUAUUUCCUUUAAUGAUAACAUGAUGUUAAAUAGGAAAAAAAUGGCUGGUGUCGUCUUGAAAUCUGAAUACCAAUCUUUGGUUAAUUGUUUGAAUAUUGACAUGGCCUUCAAUACUGAUAAUGGUCCUUAUAAAUUCAUUGAAGAUGACAAAUUGAUAAAAAACAUCGUGAAAAAGAGUUUUCUUAAUGAUUCGCCUUCCACUGAUGAAGACAUAUUAUCUUUAACUUCUGGUGAACCAUCGAAUAAGAAACAAAAAACUGAAUAG